GCCAAUCUGCCGUGGUUAAAGCGCCAAGGCUGCCGUGGAGUCGGGCUCCCGGGGUUGUAGUGUUUUGCCCCUUUCUGCGGCUUCUCCCCGCCCCUGUGUCCGCCCCUGCUCCCCGGUAUCUGCUGCCAUGUCCGUGGUUCCACCGAGCCGCUCGCAGGCCGGCUGGCCUCGCGGUGUCUCUCAGUAUGGGAACAAAUACCUGCAGGCCAAGCCGCUGACCCUGGAGAGGACCAUUAACCUGUAUCCAUUGACCAACUACACCUUUGGUACCAAGGAACCCUUGUAUGAGAAAGAUUGCUCUGUUGCUGCUCGAUUUCAGCGCAUGCGAGAGGAGUUUGAGAAGAUCGGCAUGAGGCGCACAGUGGAGGGUGUCCUGAUUGUGCAUGAACACAGGCUGCCUCAUGUAUUAUUGCUGCAAUUGGGGACAACCUUCUUUAAAUUACCAGGUGGAGAGCUAAAUCCUGGGGAAGAUGAAGUGGAGGGUUUGAAGCGUCUUAUGACAGAGAUUUUGGGCCGUCAAGAUGGUGUGCAGCAAGACUGGGUAAUUGAUGACUGCAUUGGAAACUGGUGGAGGCCAAAUUUUGAGCCCCCUCAGUAUCCCUACAUUCCAGCUCACAUCACUAAGCCCAAAGAGCACAAGAAGCUAUUCUUAGUACAACUUCAAGAAAAAGCUCUUUUUGCAGUUCCGAAGAAUUACAAGCUGGUGGCUGCACCCUUAUUUGAGCUUUAUGACAAUGCUCCUGGUUAUGGGCCCAUCAUCUCCAGCCUUCCUCAGCUUUUGAGCAGGUUUAAUUUUAUUUAUAACUGAAGUUCAUGGAGAUCUUGCUCAAGAUCCUAAUGGAUGUAUAACUCCAGUUUUUUGUGAACAUCUGUGAGCCAGUACUAUGGCUUCUCAGCCGGAGACUAAAUCAGUUCUUCAAACCAAAUCCAAUGGCAUGUGCAGUACCUGACCUGCCUCAGCUGAUGCUCAAGUGGGAUUUUGUUCAACUCUACACCACCGAUAAAGCCAAGGAACUUUAACUGGUGCAUUUUUUUUAGAAAUGUUUUCUGCUUGUGUAAUUGUUUGCAUUUUCUACUUUAUUAAAUGGACAAAUACCUUUAUUUUUGAGGGUUUUAAUUAGCUGUAGUUUGUGUAUUUUGUGUUUUACCAUUUAUUUUGACCUACUUUAUUUUGUAAUUGGAUGUGACAGAAACUUAGUUAAUGGAUUGAUUGAUUAAAAAGAAAACUGACCUGA